AUGAAUGAGCAAGAAUAUGAACAUGAACAAACUUCGUAUGUAAUAAUGAGUGAAGUCAAGCAAAAGGAAAUACAUUUCCAAAUGCAAGGUUCCCAUUUGGAUCCCUUAGAAGAAAGUCCUGCUAAUGUGUAUCCCAUUCCUGCAAUGCUUCCAAAGCAGAGUUUCAAGCUCAGCUCUAUGGCUGCUGGUAACUCUCCUCAUAAAAGAUCUCCGAGAGUGUUAGUUCGGAAACCAAUUUCGAUCUUGGCCCAGAUCAAGAAUGUGAAAGUUAGCAAUGAAAAGGAAGAAAGCCAGAAGACUCCUAAAUCGAGUCAGAGCAGAGGAGAGCAGUAGUCACCUCUGAACUAGCUUAAAUUUGGAGAAUGACUACCUUCCUCAUUCGAUUGUUUCUCCUCUCGCAGACAGGAAAAGAGUUAUUGCUGCUAAGUCAGAUCAUAUUAGGUUUGAUUUUUCUUUGAGAAAGGGCAAAAAGGCUUUUGAAAAACAACUCAAGUAAGUCUCGAAUCUAGAUUCUAGGCAAUGACCAUUAGAAUAUAUUUACGCCAUGAUAUCAAAAUGGUUGAGUACCAUAUAAGUUCUAUUCUUUUGGGCGGCAUGUUAUAAGGAAGCUGUAAAUAAAAAAUUAUCCUGGAGAUAUUUAGGAAGCCUAAUUUAUUGUUCAGUUAGCAAAAAUUAUUGUCAAAGGUUUUAGAUUUCUUGAGUAAUAAGUUAAAAGAAACUAAGAGGCUGAUGAAGAUCAUUUAUUAGCUUAGUAAAUUAACUCUAUUUAUUUAGAUAGAAAGCAUUAGGGUUAUCAGGAGGCCAAAGCAAGGGUGUACUUUUAGCAAUAAGGCACUCAUUAAUUCAAGGAUAAAGUUUAAUUCAUCUCGAGAACCUUUCUCAAAGCCAUAUCCAAGGCCUGCUUCACAAGCGAUCUAAGGGUUUUCUUCCAUGAACUCAUCAACUGAUUUUUACAGAAGUAAACGGUUUACUUCAAGGUUUGGUUAUUGAUCAUACUUAGCUCAAAAAUUCGUGACAAGAGAAAGACUUUGUAUAAGACCAAUACAGCUAUUCUAAAUCAAUUCAUGAAAUGUGCAGAGCUCGGAAAUCCGAUCGAUUUGUCCAAGUUCAGUAAUAAUUUAGAUAUCAUGCUCAAACGUGAUAAAAGGUAACUCGAAGUCUCCCUUCUGCUUUAAAGUUAUACGGUGUCAUAAAAUAUAUCCAAAGAAACACUAAAUUUAGUUUGUACCAGAUUUGAUCCUUAAAAUUGGCUUACAUUUUAUUCUUUCUCUCAAAAUAGCCUAAUAAUUAUAUAUUAAAGUCUUAUGACAAAACCCAAAGCUAUUAACCUUCCCACUAAGGUCUUUUAUCAAAUGUAAAAUAAUGGUCUUACAAAAGGGCUUUC